AUGCUGAUUUCGCAGCUUUUCUCGCCCGAUCCGUUGCUAUCCCUCUCGGUGAGGGCCGAGGAAGAAGCUGAUACUGGCGGGUUCCGUGAGACCUUCGAGUCCCCCUCCGUUGCUAUAACCUUCUGUCUUUUCUCCGCUGUCCCAAGCGGCUUGAUCACCUGUCGGUUAGGACUCGUCCUGACGAUGCGGAUGAUGCCUAGGAAGCUGCGGCCCGGCUUCUUGUUCGUACUGGCUCCGAUGGAGGUGCAUGUAUCGCCUGUCUACGCUGAGAUCCAUGAGAUUGUCGGCGAUUCCUACCGCUUACGUGUUAUUCGGUGUCGUUAA